GAAAAUGUUUUUAGAUAAACAAUGGGUGAGAAAAUGGGAUUUGACCGACCUAUGUCAAUCAAGCUGAAUUCAGCUGAGGAAUUGUUCCAACUGUUCAUGAACAAGGAUAAACUUAAAGAUUAUAUGUACAUGGAUCUAUCUGGUGGUAUGCCAUCAAAUGAAGACUUUUGUCUAGAUAUUCCUUAUGAAGAGAUAAAGGAGGUUGUUGAAAAGGAAAGGGACAACUAUUUAGAUAAACUUGAUGAACCUGAGAAAUCUCAAGUCAAAUGGGAGCAUGUCGGAUCUACUUCUAUUAAGGGUAUGCCCGGCAUGCUGAUGCCUGAUGCUCUGCUUAUAAUCCCUGAGUUUCCUCCAACCAAGAAAAUGAUUCAAGGUUUUCUAGACAAUGGAUACUACUUCGGUCGAACCUCUCUUUUGGAUUCUCAAGAUCUUUGGUUCUUCCGUAGAUUCCAGGACGGGUUUCUCAAGGAUAAAAUGAUAUCAGUGCAUGUUGUCCCAGUAGAUAACCCAGCAGGAAAAAUACUACUGGAAAUGAGAGAUACCUGCAGAACAGAACAAUGGGCUUUUGAUGAUUACAAGAAUGCCAAGAUCUCCGCAAACAAAUCUUCCAGUGAUUUUCUCGGAUACAAGAUGGGGAAAGGGAAGAACAGCAAACUGUUGGAUAUGUUGAGAGCAAAACAUCAAGGAGGGUUUUAAUUAAAGAAGAAUAAUGGGACAGCAGAUGCUAAUAUGAUGAGUGACAUAAUUGAUUAAUAAAAUGUUUAUCCAACAUAAAUGAGAUAUUCGUGGAUUCAUCUUCGUUCUGAAAAUUGUUAGUUUUUAUUUGUGAUUUAUAUUAAAGGUCACUUGCGCAAUUCUGCUCCAGAAACAACGAAGGAAACCGCGCGCUGUGCGAAGAAUGUGACCAAUUGUGUGUAUAAUUAUGAUUUAUUUGAUUGGUUUUUCAGAAAAAAAAUAGAAAAAAGUUAAAGUUAA